UUUGACAUACCAUCGAAAACAAAAACCAGCUGAGGAAAGUUGUUGUUUUAUUGACACAAACGGUGGUUAAUUUAACAAUAUUUAUAUGUUCCCCAUUUCUUGAAUCACUGCAACUUAUUAUACAGAAACAUUUUCUUGUUUGACCAUGUACGUUUAUCAUUUGCAUCCAUUUAUUACAUAAGAUUUGAGACGGGCUCUUUCAUAGAAACACAAUAGAAAUGGGAAAUUAUAAAUUACAUUUAUAUCUUUGAAAAGUAAUGGACGAUUUGGAAUGCGCAGGGUUUGAAUUCUUUUCAAAUUUUGAUUCUGCCAAUUUAUCAAGAGUCGAAUAUGUACCUUGUUUUGAAUCAGCUACACAAUCAUCACGGUCCACUCUACAGGAUGUUCAUGACGUAGAAUUUAAUAUAUGGACGAAACCCGAUUGCUUUGGUACCGAAUUUGAAAACGCUAAUCGAACAUGGUUUUACUUUGGAAUACGUGCAAAUGCACCCGAGCUAGUUGUCAAGUUGAAUCUUGUAGACCUAAAUCGUCAAGGCAAAAUGUACAGUCAAGGUAUGGCACCUGUUUAUCGUAUUGUACCAGGAAAAUUACAAUGGGAAAGGGUGAGGGACAAACCAUCAUAUAGUAUGAAUGAUAACAUUUUUACAUUAAGCUUUAAAUACAAAACACCAGAAAAUGUUCAAAGCAUCGUUUAUUUUGCGUUCACGUAUCCGUAUUCGUACGCGGAACUUACCAAUACCCUCAACACCAAUGAUGAAAGGUUUCUAGAUAAAGCCGUGCUAUCGCGAGAUGAUAUUUAUUAUGUCCGGGAAGCGAUUUGUUUUUCAUUGGAAGGAAGAAGAGUAGAGCUUCUUACAAUAUCGUCUUAUCAUAACAUCAGCAACGAGAGAGAAGCCAGACUAAAGGAUUUAUUUCCGGAAAAGCACGUUCUUAGGCCUUUUAGAUUUAUUGGAAAGAAGGUAAUAUUUAUAUCUGCUCGUGUUCACCCAGGAGAAACUCCAUCUAGUUUUGUAUUUAACGGAAUUUUGAACCUCUUAUUAAGUGUAGAUAACCCUGUAGCUAUCGUUUUGCGAAGAUUAUACGUAUUCAAACUGAUACCGAUGCUAAAUCCGGAUGGUGUUGCUAGAGGCCACUAUCGAACCGACACAAGAGGAGUGAAUCUUAAUCGAAUGUAUCUCAAUCCGUCCUUAACUUUGCACCCAUCAAUAUUUGCAGCUAGAGCUUUGAUAAGGUACCAUCAUUUUGGAUAUGAAAAAGAAGACCACUUCUGCGAAACGAUUGACUUACCCAAUGAUAACGAUGACAUAUCUUCUAUGGAGGAUAAUCAUGGAGGUAACGACCAUAAACUUAGUAAGAGAGUUUCUCAUAUGACACUGGAAGAAAAUAAAAAUACAGAUUCUAUUACUAACUGUUACUGUAAAUACGAAGCUAAUGUUACUGAAGUUGAAAAGUCUGAGCCAGAAGUGUCGAAUGAAAUUACGAAUAUCAAUAACGGUGUAUCAUUUUCAGCGGAGAAGGGUUUAACUGAAAAUCACGAGAAUAAAAUUAGCAAAGUUGCAGACGAUGAUGAAAAUACGGAAUAUGGUGAUUUGAAUUCGAACGAAUCCGGUUUAUUUAUGUAUCUUGACAUGCACGGACAUGCCUCUAAAAAGGGUAUAUUUAUGUAUGGAAAUCAUUUCGAAGAUUUUGAAAGAAACAUUGACUGCAUGCUUUUACCCAAAAUAAUGAGUAUAAAUAAUUUCAAUUUUCAUUUUACCGCUUGUAAUUUUACGGAGCGAAAUAUGUACUUAAAGGACAGGCGAGAUGGAAUGAGUCGCGAAGGAUCCGGCCGAGUAGCGGUAUUGAAGCUGACCGGUUUAGUGCGAAGUUACACUUUGGAAUGUAAUUACAACACCGGAAGUCUUGUAAAUGUGCUUCCUAGCACGAUUAAGGAGUCUGGACGAGGCGUUCACACUAUUCCGAUUCCUCCAAAAUAUAAUCCCCAUAUAUUUGAAGAGGUCGGGAAGACAUUAGGUGCGUCAAUUCUUGAUCUUACCGGUGAUAAUCCUAUUACGCGGUUACCAAACUCCCAGUUUCAUUCUUUAAAUGGUGUUCGAGAUUGGUUAAAAAUGCAUUGUGUCAACGAAUUGGGAGAGACAAGAUGCGUACCUGCAAGGUUCAAAUUGAGAAAAUCUUCAAGCCUGCGCGCCCAGGGUAAGUCACUGCGGGGAGCUGUGUUAAAAACACGUUCACCAUCAAUUAGAGACGCUAAGAGAAUCAUGGUUAAAGCCGUACAUUCUACGAGCGUGGUCCCGGUGGAACGCAAGGAAAACAUAUGCGCUUCGAGUCCCAGAAAUUCCUCGCAACCCAGUUGCUCCAACAUUGUAACCGUACCACGACCGAGACCUAAGGUACUGUUCGACAGUACUAGGAGUAAAUCUCGCAAAGAGAGUACGUUAAAAUUAAAAGGCAACACGACGGUCGAAAAAUCGAAAUCCGCGAGUAACGUCAAACAUUCGCAAAGUCGCCAUAACGCCACCAAGUUGAAAUCCGUAAAGCUAGACGCAAUUAAAGAGAAAGAGCAGAAAGGUACCAAUACCGAAAACCCGAGUCGUUUAAAACUUCACGAAAUUUGUUUUCUUAAAGGCACGGAGGGCAAGAGAAUGAUUGCCAAAUAUAAGGGAAAAUGUGACGGUCGGAAGGGGAGCGAUUCCGAUUUGAUCGUUCAAUGGGACAGUCACAAUGCUGCCCAAGUGUUCUCUCAUAAAGUGAAAGGUUAUGGAAUAAAAGCGUUACCUUCCCUUGGCGGUGAUCCCGGACCCACCAAAGGCCUAUUUCGCGUGUACAAUUUUUCUAAAAGUAAGAAAAGCAAGCGCCCGUUAAGAAGAUUGGCAAGUUCGAAUGACGUACCCACUAAAAUUGAUAAACACAAGAAGCGCAGAACGUUAAAGGGUCAAACAUCUUAAGAUGGCUGUUUUUCUAUUGUUAAAAUUCUUAAGUAGUGUUCAACACUAAUGUUUUAGUUGUGAUGUACAAAGAAUAAUUGAUGUUUUUUACAUGAAAUUUAGAAAUAUAUAAAAAUUGUAAGGUAACGCCGAAUAACAACUGGUUUCAAUAGUCUGUAAAGAAUCUAUUUGUACCUGUAAUGUUUUUAGCAUUGGUGACAUGCUUUCAUAUACAAAUUAGUCUUUUUCGAGUUUUUGUUAUAAAAAUUAUGAACCUGUGUAUUUAUUUUUGAAAUAUAACUAUUAUUUUAACUCCAA